CGACCCCAUCCAUGGUCGAUGUCCCCGAAGACUUGGGAACCCGUCUGGUGUAUUGGCUCAAAGAGACGUGGUGGACCUCGCCAUCCGACCGGUGAUUACAUCGUUCCUCGUGUCCGUGUACGAGUACGAGUACGGGUACGGGCUUUGUCGAGUACUGCUGUCAUCCAUCUGUUUGGGCAGUAG